GCAAGUAACAAACAAAUGGGACAGCAUGAAAAAAGAAUGGAAGCUUUAUGACCGGUUGAUGAGGCUUGAAACUGGGAUUGGUGGGACGAGAAGCUUCAUCGAUGCAUCGCCCGAGUGGUGGGAUGAGAAAUUAAAGGUAGAUCCUAACUAUGCCAAAUUUAGGGGUGCAAAUUUGGAGAUCUUCGAGAAAGAUUAUGCUACUUUGUUUCGGGAUUCGGUUGCUGUAGGAGACAAUGCUAUGACUCCGAUACAAUUUCAAAAUGAUGUUCAAACUGAAAACAUAGAGGGCAAAGGAGAUAGUGAUGAAAAAAGUUUAGGUGAUGACGAGCCUUUGUUUCCUCCUUUCGUCGAAAGUAGUUCGAAUAAAAGGAAGAAAUCUAAGGAUGUUUCUCACAAACGGUCAACCAAGAGCAAAACUUCAUCUUUCGAAGAAAAGCUAGAUGUUGUAUUAGAUGCCUUAUCAACAAAAAGCACCCAAACUUUUCCACCAAAUAAUGCCUCCCCAACAAUUGCCGAUUGCAUGAACAUUGUCAUCACUUUUCCCGGAUUCGAAGAAGAUUCUCAAGACUAUACACGUGCUUUGCGUGUUUUAAUCAAAAAUCCAAAUCGUGAAGCGUUUAUGUAUCCAACAACUCAUCAAGCAAAGAGGAGCCUCCUUAAGUCUCUCAUGGAAGAAUGAUUAGUCGUUUUACAUUAUGUGUUAUUGUUUGACACUAUUU